AUGGGUACCUUCGUUAAGCUGGCGAGGAGGGCAGUGGAGACGGACGCGCCGGUCAUGGUGAAGAUACAAGAACUGCUUCGAGGGGCCAAGGAUGUCAUGUCGCUUGCGCAGGGAGUUGUUUACUGGCAACCUCCUGAGUCAGCUCUGGAUAAGAUCGAAAAAAUCAUCAGGGAACCAACAGUCAGUAAGUAUGGUUCUGAUGAUGGACUUCCUGAGCUUCGAGAAGCACUUCUCGAAAAGCUACGCAGAGAGAAUAAGCUUACCAAGUCAUCAGUCAUGGUCACUGCUGGUGCAAAUCAGGCUUUUGUGAACUUGGUCCUCACUCUUUGUGAUGCUGGUGAUUCAGUUGUCAUGUUUGCACCAUAUUAUUUCAAUGCCUACAUGUCAUUCCAGAUGACAGGUGUUACUGACAUAUUAGUUGGUGACUGCGAUCCCAAGACACUUCAUCCUGAUGUUGAUUGGUUGGAGAAGGUUCUGAAAGAAAAUGACCCUAUCCCUAAACUUGUUACUGUUGUGAAUCCGGGGAACCCCUCUGGAGCUUUUAUUCCCAGACCUAUGCUUGAGAGAAUUUCAGAUCUGUGCAAAAAUGCUGGUGCGUGGCUUGUGGUUGACAAUACCUAUGAAUACUUUAUGUAUGAUGGAAUGGAGCACUAUUGCUUAGAAGAUACUCAUAUUGUCAACAUCUUCUCAUUCUCAAAGGCUUAUGGAAUGAUGGGGUGGCGUGUAGGAUACAUUGCAUUUCCAAAUGAAGCUGAUGGCUUCCAUGAUCAGCUCCUCAAAGUGCAAGACAACAUACCUAUCUGCGCUUCUAUCAUCGGGCAGCGCCUGGCGCUCUACUCACUGGAGGCUGGCCCCGAGUGGAUCAAAGAACGGGUGAAAGACUUGGUGAAAAACCGAGCACUGCUCGUGGAAGCGCUGUCCCCACUCGGUGAGGACAACGUGAAGGGCGGGGAGGGCGCCAUCUACCUCUGGGCCAAACUGCCGGACAACUGCUCGGAUGAUUUUGAGGUUGUCAGGUGGCUUGCAAACAAGCACGGUGUCGCCGUGAUCCCUGGCAGCGCCAGUGGAGGCCCCGGAUACAUCCGCGUCUCCUUCGGAGGGCUCAAAGAAGAAGACACCAGGCUCGCUGCCGAGAGGCUAAGGCGCGGCUUGCAGGAGCUGGUGACUGAUGGAAUGGUACAGUAA